AUGGUUGUGCGCGGUGGGAAAGCAGGGGGGAGCGGGGAGGAGUGUGAGAAAGGGCGAAAGGGGAUAGAGAGUGGGGACGGUGGGGACGGCGUGAGUGGAAGAGGGUUGCGGAUGGAAGCAUGUGCUAUGGCUUGUGAAGCAACAGCAGCAACAGCAGCAACAGCAACAGCAGCAGCAACAGCAACAGCAACAGCAACAGCAACAGCAACAGCAACAGCAACAGCAGCAGCAGCAGCAACAGCAACAGCAACAGCAGCAACAGCAACAGCAGCAGCAACAGCAACAGCAACAGCAACAGCAACAGCAACAGCAGCAGCAACAGCAGCAGCAACAGCAGCAGCAACAGCAACAGCAACAGCAGCAGCAACAGCAGCAGCAACAGCAGCAGCAACAGCAGCAGCAACAGCAGCAGCAACAGCAGCAGCAAAAGCAGCAGCAACAGCAACAGCAACAGCAGCAGCAACAGCAGCAGCAACAGCAGCAGCAACAGCAGCAGCAACAGCAGCAGCAACAGCAGCAGCAACAGCAGCAGCAACAGCAGCAGCAACAGCAGCAGCAACAGCAGCAGCAACAGCAGCAGCAACAGCAACAGCGAUAGGAGGAAGCAAAAGUGGGCGGUGGGGGAGGCGGCUGCAGAUCCGUGUACUCCGCGCGAUCGGCGGCGGUGACGAGAUCGGCGACCGGAUGGGCGACAGGAUGGGCGACGGUAUGGGUGACGGGUUGGGCGACAAGAUGGGCGAAAAGAUGGGCGACGAAAUGGGCGACAAGAUGGGCGACCAGAUGGGCGAAAAGAUGGGCGACAGCAUGGGCGCUGCUGGCUAUGCCGUCAACGUGUUCAACCGCACGCCCAGCAAGGCGGCAGCGCUGGUGGGGCGGGGGGCGAUGCUGUGUGAGUCGCCGGCGGCUGUGGCGGCCAGUUCGGACGUUGUGUUCAGCAUCGUCGGCUAUCCCCAUGACGUGCAGCAAGUGGUGCUGGGGCCCACAGGCGUACUCUCUGCUCUCAAACCAGGAGGCAUUCUGGUGGAUAUGAGCACGAGCCAGCCAUCCCUGGCAAGAGAGAUAGCGGUCGCGGCAGAGGCAAGGCAGUGCUGGGCGGUGGAUGCGCCAGUGUCAGGCGGGGACAAGGGCGCGCGGGAGGCAGCACUGGCCAUCAUGGCCGGGGGCGACGAGGCAGUGGUGCAGGCGCUGCAGCCACUGCUGUCGUGCAUGGGCAAGUGCACGUACAUGGGGCCUGCUGGGGCCGGCCAGAGCUGCAAGAUGGCCAACCAGGUGACGAUAGCGAGCACCAUGGUGGGGCUAGUGGAGGGCCUGCUGUACGCGCACAAGGCAGGCCUGCACAUCCCCACAUAUCUUGCUGCCAUUUCCAAGGGAGCAGCAGGGUCGCGCUCGCUUGAUCUCUACGCCCCGCGCAUUCUCCAACGAGACUUCCUGCCAGGUUUUUUCGUGAAGCACUUUGUGAAGGACCUUGGGAUUGCCCUUGAGGAGUGCCGGGCCAUGAACCUUUCCCUGCCAGGCCUGGCAUUGGCACAGCAGCUAUUUGUGUCAAUUCAGGCGCAUGGAGAUGGGGAUCUUGGAACACAAGCCCUUGUGCUAGCUCUCGAACGGAUAAACAAUAAUCACCCCGCGUUGUCCCCAGCGUGCACGCGGUGCUGUCGCCGUUCAUCGCCCUUUUCCGUCCGUGGGACGCGGAACGGCCCGCCAUGGCUGUUAGCUGCUUCGGACCCGUCUUUCGAGGCGGUCAACAUCCGUUUCUGCCGGCCGCUCCAGUAG